CAGUAUUUAUUGCUUGUUUGUUGUCUGUCUGUGGCCUAGCAAGCAAGCUAGCAAAGCUAACGAUGAGAGGGUGGAGACAGAAACAACAAGCUUCAUUGAAUGCUAUUAUUCAGCAUGAACUUGGCAGACAUCUGUGGCAAUGCAAAGAAGGGCAGAGAGUACGCUUUGCUGGGGAACUAUGACUCCUCCAUCGUGUACUACCAGGGCGUCAUUCAACAGAUGCACAAGCACUGCCAGUCCCUCAGAGACCCUGCAGUCAAAGUCAAAUGGCAACAGGUAAUGCAGGAACUGACUGUGGAGUAUGAGAUGGUGAAAGGCAUUAUGGAAACACUGGAGAGCUUUAAGUCAGAGAAGCCAGCUGACAUCCUGGCCCCUCAGUCUGAGGAGCCACUUGAGGAUCCAGCAGUUUGGCCCCCUCCCAUUGCUGCAGAACACAGGAAUCCGGUAGCGGUGAAGCGACCCAACAGUGCAGUGAAGCAGAGGAAGGAGUCUCCUGGUCUGCAGCAUCGAGGGGCGGGACCUGGAAGCCGUGGCCAAGCAAACUCAAAACCAGAGCGGCCUGGUUUUAGGGACGCACGAGGCCCAAAAUCCAAGGAGGAUAAGGGAAAGAAAGGGGUCGGAGAAACACCAGGGGAUGUAGAGCACAAGAAGUUUGAUGGUACAGGACAUGACAGCGACCUGGUGGACUCACUGGAGAGAGAUAUCGUCUCCCGGAACCCUAACGUGCACUGGGAAGAUAUUGCUGACUUGGAGGAUGCAAAGAAGCUGCUGAGAGAGGCUGUGGUUCUGCCCAUGUGGAUGCCUGACUUCUUUAAGGGAAUACGGCGACCCUGGAAGGGCGUGUUGAUGGUCGGCCCCCCGGGGACAGGGAAGACCAUGUUGGCCAAAGCUGUGGCCACAGAAUGUGGGACUACUUUUUUCAAUGUGUCCUCGUCCACCCUCACCUCCAAAUACAGGGGCGAGUCAGAAAAACUGGUCCGGCUGCUGUUUGAAAUGGCCCGGUUUUAUGCACCCACGACCAUUUUCAUAGACGAGAUUGACUCAAUUUGCGGCAGGAGAGGAACAUCUGAUGAACAUGAGGCCAGCCGCAGGGUCAAAUCAGAGCUUCUGGUUCAGAUGGAUGGUGUGGGGGGAGCCCUUGAGAACGAUGACCCCUCUAAAAUGGUCAUGGUCCUCGCUGCUACGAACUUCCCCUGGGACAUCGACGAAGCCCUACGGCGACGACUGGAGAAGAGGAUUUACAUCCCGCUACCCACAGCUGUGGGUCGAGUGGAGCUUUUGAAGAUCAACUUGAGGGAGGUGGAGGUUGCCCCUGACGUGGACCUGGACCUCAUCGCUGAGAAGAUCGAAGGGUACUCUGGUGCCGACAUCACCAACGUUUGCAGGGAUGCAUCCAUGAUGGCGAUGCGUCGUCGAAUCCAAGGCCUGUCUCCUGAGGAAAUUCGAGCUCUGUCCAAAGAUGAGCUGCAGAUGCCUGUGACCAUGGAGGACUUUACCCUCACUCUCAAGAAGAUCUCCAAGUCGGUCUCUGCUGCAGACCUGGAGAAAUAUGAAUCUUGGAUGGCUGAGUUUGGGUCAGUAUAAAGAAAAGGUACAUGGAGGCAGAGCACUGAGAGGAGGACACACAGCUUUGAAAAUGAUGACAGCCUUGAAGAGAGAAGCACUUGAGAAUGUAUGAGACCCAGGCAGCACUUCAGGGGUGGAAGUUAUACAUGGGAACAUAUGAACUUUCAGUGACUUCACUCCUGCCCCUCCACAUAUUCUCCCCUUGUUGUUGUCCCCAACCAAGCUGCUGACUGACUUAAGUGACCUGUGAAAGAACAUGGAACUUUUCAUGUAAAAAGUAGACCUGGGAAUGCACUAGUUUUACUCUCAUCGUUGGCCUCUUGCAAGAUCAUUUUUUAUCCUGUUGUAAAUUUCCCAACCUAACUUUAUUAAUGCAAACUCUUGAUCAUCUGAGAUGCGAUCAUUUUGAUUAUCUACACUCCUCAAGUCCUCUUUGCUCCUUUUGUGGGAAAUGUUCAUCCAAGAAAACCAAAAAGUAGAAAACUAAAUUUUACACUGCUGGGCUUUUUUUUUCUGCUGCCAAAAUUCAGUAGCCGGAACUAUGGCGAAUUUUGCAGCAUGAGUGGUCUUUUCAAGAGACCUGAAUAAAAUUUUUAAAACCCUCAUAAAGCUGCCUAGAACAUGCAGUUACAGCAGUAUUAUACUGAGAGGGGUUGAGAUGUUAAACUUUAAGGUGCAAGACACAAUGUUUAUCUGGACACCCAGCUGAGAAUACCUGAGCUGUCGGUGUUCUCCAAACACUGACUUGUUUUGGUUGACAUGCUAAAAUCUGCUAACCAAACCACUACUGUAUCUCUUUUGUUCAAGUUUUGGAAAGUUUUAUUCAGUUCAGUCACAAGGAUCUGAAGAACAAUUUGCUUAUACUUGUGAUUCUUGCAGGAGGCCCUUUGUCUUAAAGAAAUGUAUGCUUGAGCACUUUUAAUUUAAUGUAAUGUAUCUCUGCUGAGAGCUUAUACUACUGACUGAAAACACUUGAAGAACCACGAUGUUAUCAAGGGACCGACUAUGUUUGUGCUUUUUUUUAUAUAUAAUUUGUCUGCCGUGUUAUUGCUGUUGAGUCAAAUAAAUGUUGUAGCACACCUGUAGCUUACAAACUUAAUCCACACCCACUAGAUGGUUCCUUUGUUUUAAGUUAUCUGUCAUAUUGAUGUUCAUAACAGAGCCAGGUUGUGUUUGGGAAUUAUACCUGGAAUUUGACUCUCUUUAGUAGACUGUCAUUUAAGUUGACAGUCUUAAAUGAAGACAGAGGAGCAAAUGAUUGACGCAUUAUUAACUUGAUCCUGACUCAUUCUAUAACCUGUGUAUGUUGUUUUCAUUUUAUUUUUUAUAAAACUGGUUUUGUGUUUAACUUCAGGCUGCCUCAAAUCUUAAGGACAAAUAAUAAACCAAUUAAAACUCCAAA